CAUGCAGCCCCUGACAGUGGGCCCGCUCUUUUGUCCCUGUAAAACCCCUAGCCUCACAACCUGCUGCUUCCUCUCCCCUGCCCCACCACUAUCUUAUCCCCUCUGGGAAUGCACACUGCAACUCUCCCCUGCAGGACGGCGAGAACCCAUGUGGCGUUCAGCUGCUACACACUAGCAGAACUCCUGGUGGAGGGGACAGAGUAGAAGAGGGGAGAGAUGAGGGGCCUUGAAUCAAACUAGCCUGGGUUAUAACCCUUGGCCUGCCACUUAUUAGCUGUGUGGUCUUGAGCAAGUUGUUGCAGCUCUCUGAUCCUUAGUUCCUUAAUAUAUAAAAUGGAAAUAAUAAACAAGAUAGCAUCUGAAAUGCACCUCGCAUAGUGUCCGAUAUUCAGUAGGCGACCUAGAAAUAGCUGAUGAAUAAAAAGGAAUAAAAGUAUAUUAGUUUGCUUUCUUUACUGAAUAACCAGGGGCAGAUAAAAAUAUUUAAAUGUGGUUUAGAGGCUUUUGGCCUUUUCGGUGACACAAAUCAUUGGAUAGUUAUUCCAGCAGAGGCUUUGGUAAUUUGUGCCAGGAACAAAGGUAGCUGGACCAGUCAAGUUGCUUCACUUCUCUGCACCUCAGUUUUCCUUCCUGUAAAAUAGGCCGAGCUGUAUAGUUAAGCACUGGCUGGGGGCAGAAAGAGUAGAGUCCAAAGGGCUGAUGGCGCUUGGCAAUGACCCACCUAACCCUUUGCUGACCAAGCUGGAGAGGCAGCAAGAAGGGCCCUGAAAAUGGGUUAAAGAAGGAGCGGCUCAGAGACCAAACAUCACUAAAUAUUUUCUCCUUUUUUGGGUCGUUGCUCUAGAUCACCACUUCCUGGAGACUAUAUUCUAAACUUUGCUGUGAUGGAUGCGAGGUCCACGUGCCCACGAGCUCCAGAGGAACCCAGAUGUCACCCUGGGGGAGGGACUCUGCUUUUACCUUGCUAUUUUAAGCAGCGAGUUUACAAUAAUGGAUGGGAGAGAAAGCGAUGGGGCAGGAACAGCGUGGGAAUGGCCUGGGAGGAUGGGGCUGCUGGGGCUCCCCCUGAGGAGCUUGGGGUUCCAUCCUAUCAAGGGUGGGACCUCAGCCAGCCUCCACUCUGCUUUAUCCUGCAGUAGCUGACACCUCUUAGUGCUUGUCUGACUUAAUUCGUUUCUGUUUUACUUUGCUUUCUGACCCAGGGACUGACUUAAGGUCUUUCUUGAAGAGCAGGAGGUGAAAGAAAGGAAGUGGAGCCCCCUGACUGCAGCCGAGGGCAGGGUCUGAGGACGACAUCUGCCUCUGGUGCCUUUCAUCUGCUGUCUCCCAGAGCAGCUCCUUCAAGGAACCUCUGAAGUUGCAGAACCAGGCCGGUUGUUGGUUUUUCGGGUCCCUGGAGGUGUCAUCCAUCCCCCUAGGGCAGGGGACCUAAAGGAGUUUAGGGGUGGGAAGAGCCCAGGCAGAGCCCCCUGGACCUUCUGGGCUGCAGAACAGCAUGCAGGUAGCCUCUGUGAGCACCUACUCCAUGCUGGGUGCUCUGUCUCUUUUCGUCCUAGGGACAGUCCCACCUGGGAGGCAUUCUAAUCUCUGUUCCCCUGACGAGGAAACCAAGGCUCAGAGGUGAAGCAAAGGUUCAAGGCUACACAGCCAGUGAGUGGCAGAGUGAAGACUCAGAUCUAGCCUGUGGAGCCCAGGCCUCCUGGAGCAUCUUUGGGGCUGACGCAGCGGAGGUUCCGGGCACGCGCAGCCACUCCCACCAGGAGGCUGCCAUGCCCCACAUUCCCGAGGACGAGGAGCCCCCUGGAGAGCCGCAGGCAGCCCAGAGCCCGGCCGGCCAAGGCCCUCCCACCGCAGGAAUAUCUUGCAGUCCACCCACCAUCAUCCUGACUGGGGAUGCCAGUUCACCGGAAGAAGAAACUGACAAAAACCUGGUCAACAGAGCUCACAGUCCCCACAGGAGGCUUUCUCACCGACACCUGAAGGUUUCCACUGCUCCCCUGACUUCUGUGGACCCUACGGGGCACAUCAUUGACCUGGUAAACGGCCAGCUGCCGGACAUCAGCAUCUCAGAGGAGGACAAGAAGAAAAACCUGGCGCUGCUGGAGGAAGCCAAGUCGGUGAGUGAGCGGUUCCUGACCCGCCGCGGGAGGAAGUCCAGGAGCAGCCCCGGCGACUGCCCGUCAGCUGUUUCCCCAAACCUCAGCCCCGGAACUUUUCCUGGGUCCUCUCAGAGCAACUCCCUCACCGUCCCCAAGCGGCCUGGUUUGGAUGCGUGCAGUGGCCCAGGGUCCCCUCUGCCCGGAGCACCACCACAGCAGAAGGGGGAUGCGGCCGAAGUCUCUUCACCUCCCCUUGGCGAGCCUAAUGUCCUCAAAGGGCUAGCUGACCGCAAGCAGAAUGACCAGAGGAAAGUGUCUCAGGGCAGGCUGACUCCUCGCUCUCCCACAGUUGAGAAGUCCAAAGAAAUUGCAAUAGAACAAAAGGAAAACUUUGAUCCCCUCCAUCGCCCAGAGGCCAUACCCAAGGGCCCAGCUUCUGGCACAGGCAGUGGUGGGAAAAUGGCCCUGAACAGCCCCCAGCCUGGCCCUGUUGAGAGCGAGCUAGGGAAGCCGCUUCUGAAGACAGCCAAGGAGGGCAACCCUCUGCCCAGAAGCCCAACCCAGGGCUCUGGAGGGGCGGCUCCCCAGUCCCCCCAGGGGAAAAGUACAGUCGGAGAGCCCACAGGGUCCAAGGUUGGCUCCAAAGCUGAGCUGUGGCCCCCUGUGUCCCGGCCGCCCCUGCUGCGGGAUGUCUCCUGGGACAGCAGUCCCGAAGAACCCGGCCCCCGGCUUCAGAAAGUGCUUGCCAAGGUGCCGCUGGCAGAGGAAGAGAAGCGUCUUUCAGGCAAAGCUGGCAGCAAGCUGGCCAAGGCUCCUGGACUUAAAGACUUUCAGAUACAAGUGCAGCCAGUGCGGAUGCAGAAACUGACCAAACUCCGUGAGGAGCACAUCCUGCUAAGAAAUCAGAACUUAGUGGGGCUCAAGCUUCCAGACCUUAGUGAAGCGGCUGAGCAGGAAAAAGGGCCCCCUUCUGAACUCUCCCCAGCUAUUGAGGAAGAAGAGUCAAAGAGUGGCCUGGAUGUCAUGCCCAAUAUUUCUGAUGUGCUGCUUCGCAAACUGCGGGUCCACAAGUCUCUCCCUGGAAGUGCCCCUCCACUCACUGAAAAGGAAGUUGAGAACGUGUUUGUACAACUGUCCUUGGCCUUUAGAAAUGACAGCUACACCCUAGAAUCUAGAAUUAACCAGGCGGAAAGGGAACGCAACCUGACAGAGGAGAACACAGAGAAGGAACUGGAACACUUCAAAGCUUCCAUUACGUCCUCAGCUUCACUCUGGCACCACUGUGAGCACCGGGAGACCUACCAGAAGCUGCUGGAGGACAUCGCUGUCCUGCACCGCCUGGCUGCCCGCCUCUCCAGCCGAGCCGAGAUGGUGGGGGCCGUCCGCCAGGAAAAGCGCAUGUCGAAAGCAACAGAAGUGAUGAUGCAGUAUGUGGAGAACCUGAAGAGGACGUAUGAGAAGGACCAUGCAGAGCUCAUGGAGUUUAAAAAACUUGCAAAUCAGAAUUCAAGCCGCAGCUGUGGCCCCUCUGAAGAUGGGGUCCCUCGCACAGCACGGUCCAUGUCCCUCUCGCUGGGAAAGAACAUGCCCCGCCGGAGGGUCAGCGUUGCCGUGGUGCCCAAGUUUAAUAUCCUGAACCUGCCUGGCCCGUCACCCAGCUCAUCUCCCAUCCCCUCCUUACCAGCCCUGUCAGAAUCACCCAAUGGGAAAGGCAACCCACCUGUCCCCUCAGCACUGCCUGCACUUUUGGAAAAUGGGAAGACGAAUGGGGACCUGGAUUGUGAGGCCUCUGCUUCCGUCCCGACUCCAAGCUGCCUGGAGGGGUUUAGCCAGGAGACCAAGGCCAGGAUGGAGGAAGAAGCAUACAAGAAGGGAUACCAGGAAGGUCUAAAGAAGACCAAGGAGCUUCAAGACCUGAAGGAGGAAGAAGAACAGAAGACCGAGAGCCCUGAGGAAGCUGAAGAGGCAGAAGAAACUGAGGAAGAGGAAAAGCAGCAGAGAAGCAGCAAACUUGAAGAAUUGGUUCAUUUCCUACAAGUCAUGUAUCCCAAACUCUGUCGGCACUGGCAAGUCGUCUGGAUGAUGGCCGCAGCAAUGCUGGUCUUGACUGUUGUGCUGGGGCUCUACGGUUCCUAUAACUCUUGUGUGGAGCAGGCCGACGGGCCCCUUGGGAAAUCCACUUGCUCGGCAGCCCAAAGGGACUCAUGGUGGAGCUCAGGACUCCAGCAUGAGCAGCCUACAGAGCAGUAGGAAACCCGACACCCGGCCAGUGCCCUGCUCCAGCACACAGCCUGCUGCCCUUUCCCCAAGCAUGAUGUGUCAGGCCUGGGCACGGGCACACCACUGCUGCCGUCAGGGGAACAAGCAGGGGUUCUUUCACACUCGGCACCCCUAUGGGAGCUAUUCACACACAGUAACUGAUGUUCUUGGAGGAUCAACAAAAAGCAUCAGUGGACAAAGAAGUGGCCUUCACCAGGGAACUCCGACGGAAGGGACAGUUGCCUGCACCAGCUCAGAUGGCUGGGGAGAAACAAAACACCUUCUUUAUAGGCUACAGUGCGAAGCCCCCUCCCCCUCCCCAUUUUCCUCUCUGCCAUUGAUCGGAAAUCAGGAAGGAUUGUGUCUAAAGGCUAACUCUGCCCCCAAGGAUCAGACCUGGAAUUUGGAGCCUUACAUGAAUAUCUUCCCAUUUCCCAUCUCAUUCUUACUGACUCUCCUUCAGCCUUCCCUUCUCCCCUUUGCAAUCAGAGUUUCUCUUUACAGAAGUCAGAAAGGUUUAUCAGAAAAACGUUUAGGCUGCUUUUUAGCUCAGUGCUUGAAAUGAAGUGGGAAGAUGUAAAUGAACAUAUAUUCCUCUGUACACAUACACAGAGCGCACACACACACAGCACACGCAUGCAUGAAGCCACCUACCCUCCAAACGUGUGCUCUGGGUAUGUGUUAGGGUUAAAGCCAACCCACAGAUUUUCACUAGGUGUGGGGCAGCCACCAGGCACCUGUUCAGUGAGCUUUCUACGUGGGCUUAAGAUGUUUGAGAAACACUGAAAACUCAUGGCUUCCAUGGCGAACUUGCUGGUCUCCAUUUCCAGGGCUAAUUCUGAGCUGCUGUAGAGCACAGUCUAUCCCCUCUUUGUUCUCUCUGGUUGAGAGCAGUUAACCCGCCUCUCAGGGGGAAAGAGGAGACAAUGCACUUUCAGCUUCGCUGUGCCCACAUGCGAGUGUGCAUCUCCACUGCAGUGUUCCAGUUUCAGUGGCGUUUCCAACCAAAGUGUAGGUCUCAGAGCAUUCCCAUUGUUUAGCAGAAAACUGAGAGUGCGUCCCACCUCCAGCUGGACUUCUCACUCCACCUUGACAGCUGCCACCUGCCUUCUUGCCUCAUCAGUUCUGGGGGGCGCUGGUUUCUGUGUGGGUUUUAUGGUGGUGGCUUUGCUGUUGUUUUUGUUUUGCUGUUGACAUUUGUUUUUGUUUCUGACACUCAUAUAGAACUUACUAUGAGCCAAACACUGUAUUAGGUAUUAUAUAGGGAUUCAUUCAAUGAGUCCUCAAGAAAAAGAAAAAAACUGUGACUCUUCCCAUUUUCAGAUAAGGAAACUGAAGCACAAAACAAGCAAAGUAACUUGCCAAGGAUACCCAGUUAGUAAAUCAUGGGGCUGGAAGUCACACCCAGCCAGGCUGGCCCCAGGGGCUGUGCUCUCAACCCCUGCACUAAAUUGAUUCUUCCAAAGGCCUCCUAACUGGACAUCUUACAUUCCAGUCCCACUCCCCUGAGUGGCCCUUCAGCCACUCCAAGCCAUUUCUGGUUCCCAGACUAAAUUGUUUUCUCUCACUAGUUUUUCUUCUGCCGCUCUCCUCUUUUCUUCUGGUCACUCCUCAGGACCAAGUGCAAAAGUCAUCCCCACCAUGUAAGGCCAUUACACCUUUAAUGGCCUCCCUCCAACUCCCCACCAUGCCCCACAUAAUAGGUCACACCCUUCUCUGUGCUUUCUGGCACUUUUUAAACAUUUUCAUUACUACGACUAAUGACCAUUACUAUAGUGUAUCAGAAUAACUUAUUUAUGUGUCUGCCUUUCCUAGCAUUUUUCCUCAAAGACAAGAACCAUGUCUUACCCAUUCUCUGGGUAAGUGCCUAGCAUGGUGGCCGAUGCUUGGGAGGGUAUCAUUAAAUGUUGGUCAAAAGAACAAGUGAGCAUUCAAGGGGGUGGAGAGCAGUCUGGGAACAGCCGACGUUUUGCAUACUUCCCAACACCAGCAUCAUCACCACCAACAACUCAACGAAAAAAAUAACACCUUUAUUAGCCUCGACUUAUUCCAGUAUUUUUCAGUCUCCUCUGUGACCUGAUUAGCAACAACAUUUCCAAGCUCAAGGGCUAGGCUUGAUGCAACCACUCCUUUCAGAAAGACCCACCUAGGUUAGGCCCCACUGUGAAAGCAGCCUGUUGUUCUAAGGGAGGCAUCCUUUCCAGUGGCUAGAAAACCACUGUGAGAGAAGCCCAAGCCAGGGUUGACCAAGGAUGUGCCAUUAAGGUAAAGAGGUGCAGAUCAUGGCAGACGGACUUUGGCCGCAUGGAUGGAUGGUUUGCCCUGCUUCUUCCAGGGCGACUGGAUACACUGGAGGACGUUGAGGCCCUCAAAGCCAAAGACAGGAUACAAAUGGCGCUCCAGAGAGGCUGGCUGUGGGGCAGGACUCUAGGCUGGCAACAUCCAGUCUCAGCCUCCCGUGAAGAAGGACGAGGUGGAGCUGGCCCAUCACCCACUUGGUCACAGGGUUCCCACCUUUGCUUCCUGUUGAGACAAAGGCCAGGAGAGGAGCUGCAGUGAGCUCUUGACCCUCCAGCUGCUCCACAGAAAGGCCUGCAAGAAUGCUUCCAGACCAGGCCCUCAGCCAAACGACUCUGUGAGUAAAGGGAGGUUGAGGACGAGAAGGAACAAAAGAGUACCCACGUUUCCAAGGGCAUUCCUGAAACAGGACUCCCGGUAAUUCUUCAAGAAAAGCAAAGAUGAUCUGAGGCAAUUGGAACUGUUGCCAAAGCAGCAGUGAAAUGGACAGAAACAGGCCCUGUAUUUCCAACAGUGAUAUUGAUCUGAAAUAAAAGUUCCCUUCAAAAUGCCUCUGAGGUCUGACAUUUCUGCUUGGCCCUAGGACUCUCUGUAUUGCUCCCUGUGUACAGCCUGGCCGCAUAAGUGGAGAGGGAGAUGCUGGAUUUGUGUAUCACUGGUUGUCAGCUCCUAACGUUGUUAAACCUCACACAGGUGUGCUAGCCUUGAAAUAUAGAGUGUCACAUACCUGAGUUUGAAAAUAAAAGCACAUUUCCAAAC